CUUAAAAACCAUGAACCAGCUGCUGCUGCGUGUCUUCCUCCCCGCGUGUCUCGUCUCUGAGCCUGUUCGUGUCAUGACACGGUGGUGCAGAGCCGGAUCGAAGAGGUCCUCACCGAAGCUGCUGGGUCUCCGAUGCCGAGGACUCUUCCUGAGGGGUUUCAGUUCGCUUCUAUGAAAUAUGCCAUGUUCCCUGGAGCACUCGCUUCUUUUGCUGCUGCAUUACUUUGUUUUCAUUCUGGCAGCCGGCCACGAAGAGCUCUCUGGCAGACUCCUCUCCCUCUUUGCAGAGCAAGGCUCAGACGUGUCCAUUGUCCACCCGGUGAAAACCAGCUCUGAUGGGGACUUCAUCUCCCACUCUCUGUCCCACCACUUUGAGAGUGGAAGAGUCAGGCGUGAGUUACGGCCUCCGUCACCAGAAGGACUGGUUUACUACCAGGUCAACUACAAAGAGCAGACUCUGAUGUUCACUUUGACUAAGAACACUCACCUGGUGUCAGGUGAGUACGUCCUGGAGAGGAGGGACGGCAACAGGACCGAGCGUCACCUCUCUGAGGGGAACUCGUGCCACCUUCUUGGCACUGUGGAGGCAGCCGGUGUUAGGGGAACAGCUGCCAUCAGCACCUGCAGAGGACUGAGAGGAUUCUUCUCGCUUCCAGAUGGACAUUUUUUUAUCGAACCUGUUCAGAAAUCACAGAAACAUCCUGCAGGAACCCCAGAGCCACACUUGGUUUAUCCAAGAGCUGCUGAAGGAAGUCACAGGAUAAAACGUGGCGCUGACUCUGAACACAGCCCCUGUGGAGUCCAAGAUGCUCCGAGGAACUCUCUCCAGGUGGAAAAGGAGAGGGAGGAGUGGGAGAGGGAGCAGCGGAGGGGGGAGGCGCAGACCCAGUCCCGUUCGCAGCGCUCCGUCAGCCGAGAGCGCUGGGUGGAGACCAUGGUGGUGGCUGACUCCAAACUCAUCGAGUACCAUGGCAAUGACAACGUGGAGUCCUACGUCUUCACCAUCAUGAACAUGGUAGCUGGGAUCUUCCAUGAUGCCAGUAUUGGGAAUGCCAUCCAUGUUGUUUUGGUGCGCCUCAUUCUGCUCCAAGGAGAAGAGGGGAACGACUGUGAGCUGGAAGGGAAACACCCCUUCAUCAUGUCCAGACAGCUGAUGUAUGACAGCUCUCCUCUCACUUGGUCUUCUUGCUCCAAAGACUACAUCACUCGCUUUCUGGACCGUGGCUGGGGUUCCUGCUUGGAUGACCGCCCUUCUAAGAGAGACCUAACCACCCCGCUGGCUCGCCUUGGCAUUCGUUACACCACACACCAUCAGUGUCAGCUCCAGUACGGGCCCAACGCCACCUUCUGCCCCGAGAUCGAUAACGUUUGCCAGAUUCUCUGGUGUUCCGUGAACGGAUCCUGUCGCUCCAAACUGGACUCACCCAUCGAUGGUACUCGCUGUGGUCCUGAAAAGUGGUGUAUCUCUGGAGAGUGCGUAACUGUGGGAAAACUCCCCGAGACGGUGAACGGAGGCUGGGGCCAGUGGAGCAAAUGGUCUCACUGCUCCAGGACCUGUGGAACUGGAGUCCAGUCUGCAGACAGAGAGUGCAACAAUCCAAAACCAGAGUUUGGAGGCAAGUACUGCACUGGAGAGAGGAAGCGUUACCGGACCUGCAACACCAAACCUUGUCAGAACAACAAACCAACCUUCAGAGAGAUGCUGUGCAGUGAGUUUGACACGGUGCCCUACCACAAUGAGCUCUACCAGUGGAUUCCUGUUGCUAACCCUUUGAUUCCCUGCGAGCUCCACUGUCGACCAGUCGGUGAGUAUUUUUCUGAGAAGAUGCUCGACACGGUGACCGACGGAACCCCGUGCUUCAUGAACAACAAGUCCAGAAACAUCUGCGUUAACGGAGUGUGCAAGGAGGUAGGUUGUGACUACGGUAUCGAUUCGAACGCAGUGGAGGAUCGUUGCGGAGUCUGUUUGGGCGACGGCACGAGCUGUGAGACGGUUUACAAGUCGUUUGAUGAAGAGGAAGGUUUUGGGUACGUGGAUGUGGGGGUGAUACCUGAGGGGGCUCGGGACAUUCUGGUAAAGGAAGUGGAGGAGGCAGGUAACUUCCUGGCUCUGAGAAGCCAGGGGCUGGAUGAGUACUUCCUCAACGGCAAUUACAUCAUCCAGUGGAACGGCGAGUACGAGGCGGGCGGGACCACGUUCUACUACGAGCGGAGCGGGAACAUGGAGAACCUCACCGCCCCCGGGCCCACCAAACACCCAGUYGUGCUCCAGUUGCUUUUUCAGGAAAAGAAUCCAGGUAUAAAGUAUCAAUACACCAUCAAGAAGGUCAAAGAAACCGAAAAUGAAGUGACUGAACCAGUUUAUGUUUGGCGACAUGGAGCCUGGACGGACUGCAGCACAACCUGUGGACUGGGACAGCAACAGCAGCCCGUUCGUUGUUUUGAUGUCGAUGUGGGCGUUGUGGAGGAGUCUCUGUGUGACCCGGACAGCCGUCCAGAGGACAAACAUCGCAUGUGUAAGAGCAUGGAGUGUCCUGCUCGGUGGUGGGUCGGUGGCUGGCAGCAGUGUUCAAACAGCUGUGGAUCAGAAGGAUUGAGGAAGAGAACGGUUCUCUGCGUGCGCACAGUUUCAGGGGAGGAAAGAGUCCUCCACCCUGUGGAAUGCAAGCAUCUACUUAAACCUAAACCUGUUGUGCCGUGCAACAGAGAUGUGCCAUGUGGGCAGGAAUGGGCUGUUGGCAGCUGGGAGGAGUGCCCCGUCACGUGUGGAGGAGGCGUUCGCUCACGCACUGUGACAUGUGCACUGGAGCCCAAAAAGACGUGUGACCCCUCUACUAAACCCAGGUCCAGAUCACUGUGUGCCUUGCAGAGUUGUCCCAGCUCGGGUCUAAACAGACGGCCUGGACUUCCCCCUGUUUCCCGCCGCAUUUACCCACCAAAAACCCACCCUACCAAGCAUCCCGGCUCUCCCUCAUGGGCACCCACAGCAGCACCUACAAAUGCUUUUAUUUCUACAACUAGAUCCCAGUACAGCCCUGAAGCCACAACCCCUGAAAUCAUAAAUGCAGAUGAUUAUAAAUUUAAUGUUGUGAUAAGAAACAUUGAUUCCACUAAACCAAGUUCAGCUAAAAAGGAGAGGAAAACAACUAUUGUAGAGGAGGAAAACCUAGAAGAUGGAGAGGAAGGAAGUACUCCAAACAUGUGGAUGAACCCUCCAGGAUUUGAUUAUGUUAUUGAGGAUGGGAUAAAAGAAGGAGAAAGAAUUAACGAUAUGAACUUUUUCACCUCAGUAACGUCCCGCACAAGUCAAACAGCCACACCAACACCAGAAACAUUUCCUUCGACCACGACCACAACUGCCCACCAUCCCUCACUCACCAGUACCGAGACAUGGACAAAGACAAAUCACUACUUAUACAACCCCCACACYAAGUCAAACACCGGCCCGAGCAACCACGGGACGCGCCGGGUUCCCCUGACCACUCACAUGAACAGGAACCGCUCAGUCUUACCAAAACCAAGAACACUAUCCACCACUGCAGCACCACCUCAGCCAGCAGUAACAGUUAGCAAACUGAAGAUAUCUCCUGUAACGAUCAAGAAAAACAACCCCACCACACGAGCCAAACAGCCCCCUUCAAGGUCUAAAGGUAGUCACAGUAAAAUCCAAAACCAGCAACCGAGAAGCUCCAAGAGCGGUUCUGCCAGGGAUCAAAGCAACCUGAUGGCCAGAGARCCGGUGAGCAUGGAUAUAUCCUGGGUUGCAGGAAACUGGAGCGAGUGUUCAACAACGUGCGGGAUCGGAGCUGUCUGGAGAACCGUGGUGUGCAGUUCUCAGAAUGACGAGGACUGUGCCAACAUGAAGAGACCUGAACCUGCACGAACAUGUCACCUGCAGCCAUGUGCCACUUGGCAAACUGGCAGCUGGAGCAAAUGUCCAGAUAAAUGUGGGUUAGUGAGAAGGAGGUACCGUGAUAUCCAGUGUGUCGAUUCUCAGAGUAAACGUGCCCUCAGACCUUUCCACUGUCAGGUUGUGUCCAGCAGGCCUCUCGGCACGCUGGUUUGCCCUCUAAAGCCCUGCAUGAGCUGGAGCGUGUCACCCUGGGGGGCGGUUGCAGGAAGAACACCAUGUCCUCUCGCUUCUGUGACAAGCUGAAGCUGCUGGGCCGCUGCUCGCUCAGGUCCGUCCAGAAACAGUGUUGUUUUACCUGCGGGGCGUAGCCAUCACUGAACUCCUCCGGACCGUUGCUGUACCCUCAGUGCUCACCGGUACAAAGCCGUCUACAGACUGAGAAGCCAAAGSUUGACCACAGAAAACUGGCUUGUUGCUCAUCCUUGAUUUUUUUUUAUGAUCCGUUGUGGCUUUUCAGGUUAAUUUGGGAACAGGUUUGCCAAAAAGCGAGCAAAAAAUGCUGAUAAAAGUCGGUUAAAAAUAAAAAAAUAAUAGCUAAAAGAAAGUUUUUCCAGCCUAGAUGAAAAGUGUUUCAUGAACCCAGUGAAAUAUUUCUGGACUAAAGGUGCUUUUAAAAUAACAAAGGUGCUCUUAUAAAUGAGGUGCUGAAGAUUCACAGCUCAACAGUUGUGUACUUUUUAAAAGUGAAUUGUUUGAACAUUUUGAUCUUUUGUGAUCUACUGUUCGUUGUUAAAGUGGAAAAGUUCAAUUUUACUUUAAGUGUUGCUUUAUUUCUGCUUGGAUUGUGAAUUUGUUCUGUGAGCUGGCACUGUGUUUACAUUAUCUUCAUUUUGUUAGUACAUUUUUAAGUUAGCUGCAGGAUUUGAUGACUUUUGCACCCGUCUACAGGCCUGUGGUGGAGAUUCUUUAAUAUGAAGAGGUGUUGCAGGUCAACCCUUUCAGGUCGCGCUGAAGUUUGGUCCUCGUGUUUUUGUGAUGAUGUGCUUUAUUAGAUGUCCCACGUUUCCUGUUUGAAUUAUUUUAUUGCAUCUCAGACACAUAAAAAGAGGAGGAGUCUAGGURGAGUUGUUAAAAAGAAGAAACAUCCUUUCAUUGUUGAGUCACAGGCUGCAGAGACAAAAUGAAGAGGCACAAACUGAGGCUAGUUUAUCGACAGGGUCACCAUCUUGGUUGAUUUKUUCUUUGUACUGAUAUAUUAAAAUGAUGUUUCACUGAAAAACAUCUUUGUAUGAAUAAACAUUUGUAAUAAUAAUAUUA